CAUCCAGCUGUGAAAGCUUCGUGGAUGGACGGAACCGAGCAGUGCAGUCUGGAGCAGACCUGAGCGAGAGCAGGAACCACCGGUCAUUCUUGUGCGCAACAGCAGAGGAGGAGGGGGGCACGGAGUGUUCCAGGCUUACAGUGCGCAACGAGGAUGCGCAGCAGCAUCUCCAUGGAUCUUUAAGAAGAUAUAACUGAUAAAGAAUCAGUGCGCUGGAAACUGUAUUGGAUGCGACUAAAAGUGUUGGAUUCUCUUGUUGAAUGAGGGAAAACCAGGCUGUGGAUUUAUGUUUUUUCUUUUGGAGGGUUUUCUCAUCUGCUUUAAGAAGAAGUAAGUUUGCGCGCAGCGUCAAUGUUUUAAGGAAGGCUUAAUGUUUUUUUUUUAAUCCGCAUGAGAUGUCCAUGAGUUGCCGGUGAGGCCCCCUGGAGAGGCAUCUUCUCGGAGCGCCGGGGGGGACCGGGGCCUGAGCGCACAGCGUCUGCAUCAGCGCAGCGCACCACCUGGAAACUAUAUACGCUCCGCUUGACGCACAAAACCCACAAGAAGGGAGAGGGUGUCCACUUUUUUAAACCAUUCAACACGCUGCUCUCAUCUCUUUUUUUUUUCUUAAAUCUUUUUUAUCGUCUUGCAAAUGGAGUUUUUUUCCCCCUCAGGCUGGUGCGGACUUUACUGCUCGAAAAGAAACUGAUCAUGUGAUGACUGAGCGCGCUUUUGGCACAUCUACAGAGUCCCUUACAGGAGUUGAGUGAUGGCUGAGGAUGGGGGAAAUCUCUCCUCGCUCCCUAAAGUCAGGGGUUCGGAAAAUCGCUCCUCUCUUCCGAGGAAUUUCAUCCCACUUAACGACCUGUCCGGGAUGGCUGCAGAAGGUGGGGAGGGUAUUAGCGGAAGCAGCGAGCUGGUGAUAGAGCGAGCAUCCCCAGCCCCUGAUGGGAUCUCUGUGGCCGGGGACGAUGGAUCCACGCAGGGUGGAGGGAAGAGUCAGCCCUACCCUGAGUAUGCACCUGUGGUCUUCUUCUACAUGAAACAAACCACACCUCCCCGAAGUUGGUGUAUCAAAAUGGUCCGCAACCCAUGGUUCGAGCGAGUGUCCAUGUUGGUGAUCCUGCUGAACUGUGUGACCCUGGGCAUGUAUCAUCCCUGCGAAGAUGAAUGUGAGUUGGAUCGGUGUAAAAUUCUACAGCACUUCGAUGACUUCAUCUUUGCCUUCUUCGCUAUUGAGAUGGUGAUCAAGAUGGUAGCCCUGGGGAUUUUUGGCAAGAAAUGUUACCUUGGAGACACGUGGAACCGCUUGGACUUCUUCAUAGUAUUGGCUGGGAUGUUGGAGUACUCACUAAACCUGCAAAACGUUAGCUUUUCAGCAGUGAGAACAGUUCGCGUGCUGAGACCGCUGAGAGCCAUCAAUCGGGUGCCAAGCAUGCGCAUCCUGGUGACCCUACUGCUGGACACACUGCCCAUGCUGGGUAAUGUGCUUUUACUUUGCUUCUUUGUCUUCUUCAUCUUUGGUAUCGUUGGUGUCCAGCUGUGGAAAGGCCUACUCAGAAACCGCUGUUUCAUUGAAGAAAACUUCUCCUUCCCUCUUUCCCUGAACCUUGGAAAUUAUUACCAAACAGAGAAUGAUGAUGAGAACCCCUUCAUCUGCUCUAUGGAGGGACACAACGGCAUGAGGGAGUGCGACUCAGUUCCCAAGCUGUACGAGGCAGGCCAGCAGUGCACGCUAAAUAUUGACUCCUACAACAGCACAGAUAACACCACCUGUGUGAACUGGAACCAGUACUACACCAAUUGCUCUGCUGGCGACAUAAACCCCUUUAAAAAUGCUAUCAAUUUUGACAACAUCUUCUAUGCGUGGAUAGCCAUCUUUCAGGUGAUCACUUUGGAGGGUUGGGUGGACAUCAUGUACUUUGUCAUGGAUGCCCACUCUUUCUACAACUUCAUCUACUUUAUCCUACUUAUUAUUAUCGGCUCGUUUUUCAUGAUCAACCUGUGCCUAGUGGUUAUCGCAACUCAGUUCUCAGAAACCAAGCAGAGGGAGAGCCAGCUGAUGAAAGAGCAACGUGUGCGUCACAUGUCUAAUGCCAGCACUUUGGCUUCUCAGUCUGAGCCAGGCUCCUGCUAUGAUGAGCUACUGAAGUACCUGGUUCACGUCAUCCAAAAGGGGGCCAGGCAAGUGGCUGGUGUUUGUAGGGUCUUGGCCCGCCAUGCAGGAUUUAAGAUUCCCGCAUCACAACCAUCUUCAGAGGCACAGCAUAACAAGAGGCUGAGAAGUAGAAGAAAACCAUCCAGACAAGGAUCAGUGUUGGUUCACCAUCAUCAUCAUCAUCACCACCACAAUCACUACCAUCUAGGUAAUGGUAGCAUCUGGGAGGAAGGGAGCAUGAGAUGUAUGGAGGGAAGGGACAUUGAAGCCGGGCCUCCCAAAGCAACCACAAACAUUAUUCCACUGGGUGUGGUAGCACCAUCAUCUGUGAUAUCCACAACCUCUGACUCAAAUCUCACUGUGUUGGGAGCUGCUGAUUCAUCCUCAGGCUGCUGUGUGCUCAACACAGAGGCCUCUCCCUGCACUUUGUUUUCCACCAACAAUCCAGUAGCCUCCCUAGCUCCAACCGCAUCAUCCAGAGCCAUGAAGAGGAACUCUGUACCAUUUGCUGCUCCUGGGCCUAAGAACUACCCAACCCUACAGACCAGGAUCCAGGCAGAGUCCAGGCGAGGGAGUGUUGCUGCCAGCAUUCGAUCAAAUCUGAGUUGUAACCUGAAUAUCUAUCCCAUACAUCUGGACAGACAGCAAUCAUGCAAUCCAUCAGCUCAGAUCUCCCGCCAGCUGUCAGCUCAUGAGCUCAUCACCAUGGACGCAGCUCGUCUGACCAUGGACCCCGAGACCUGUCCUGAUUGCGCAAAGGCACUGGCCAAUGAGUCUGAGGGCUUUACAGAGGGCAACGAGACACAAGGCGACUCAGACAGUGAUGGGGUACACGAGUACGAGGACCUCCGCCACAGGAACAGGAGAGACAGUCGGCAGCCCAGAAAGAAAAGGCGGAGGUUAGGGAAGACAGCAGCAAAGGUCGUCCACUUUUGGAGGCUGGCGUGUGCCACCUUUAAGAAGAUUGUGGAUAGUGAUUACUUUGGUCGAGGGAUUAUGAUUGCCAUUCUUAUAAACACUCUGAGCAUGGGGAUCGAGUACCAUCAGCAGCCGGUGGAGCUGACCAAUGCCCUGGAGAUCAGCAACAUUGUCUUCACCAGCCUGUUUGCCCUGGAAAUGAUUCUCAACAUUUUAGUCUAUGGACCUUUUGGCUACAUCAAAGAUCCCUACAACAUCUUUGAUGGCAUUAUUGUGGUGAUCAGUGUUUGGGAGAUUGUGGCAAGGCAGGAUGGUGGCCUCUCUGUGCUGAGAACGUUCCGACUAAUGCGGGUCUUGAAGUUGGUCCGUUUCAUGCCAGCUCUGCAGAGGCAGCUGGUGGUGCUGAUGAAGACGAUGGACAACGUGGCCACCUUCUGUAUGCUGCUCAUGCUCUUCAUCUUCAUCUUCAGUAUACUGGGGAUGCAUCUGUUUGGCUGUAAGUUUUGCUCUGAGAAAGAUGGAGUCACAAUUCCGGACAGAAAAAAUUUUGACUCCCUCCUUUGGGCCAUAGUGACAGUGUUUCAGAUCCUGACCCAGGAGGACUGGAACAAGGUGCUAUAUAAUGGCAUGGCUGCCACCUCUCCUGUAGCAGCACUUUACUUCAUCGCACUCAUGACUUUUGGAAACUAUGUUCUCUUCAACUUGCUUGUGGCCAUCCUAGUUGAAGGAUUUCAGACUGAGGAAAUUACCAAGCGGGAGGACUUGCAUGCCCAGCUGAGCCUAAUUCAGCUGCCUAUAGACUCAGGGGGGGAUAUUUUGAAAAAUGGUUCAGAGAUUGAUUCUGUUACACGAAGUAAGGAAGAUUUCCCUGGCGGCAAAAAGGAUUUACAACCCUCCUCAGUCCCACUAAAUGGCCAUGUGGAAAUGAGGACAAGUCUGACACCACCAGUCAUCACCCACACUGCUCCGACGCCCAUGCCUGUUCCCAAAUUACCUGUAGCAGGCGACCCUGCCCUGGUCUAUGAAUCCCAUCAUGGCAGCAGUAUCUCCAUAGACCCAGCCAGCUAUGAUAAAUCACCUACCAGUGCCCGCUCCUCUCCCCUUGGUCAGUGGGCCUCUGGCAGCAGCUGGGGCAGCCGCAGGUCCAGCUGGACCAGCCUAAACCGUGCCCCAUCAUACAAGCGGCAGAAGUGCCAGUCCGGGGAGCGGCGAUCUCUCCUGUCCGGAGAGGGCGACUCUAGCUCUGAUGAUGGAGAAGGUGGGGGUGGGGUGCUGGAAGAAGAUGACAAGUCCCUUCCAAGGACAGACUCAAUGUCACAGUCUCAGAGGGCACCACGACACAGGAGGAUGGAGUCUGUUGAAACUCGCAGCUCCAUGGAUUUGCCUCCUGAAAACUCACUGCAGGUGCCCUACCUGCACCGCACAUCCAGCAUGCAGAGCUCCAGACCCCCUUCCCUGGGCCAUGGCCGAACUGCAGAGCACAACGACUGUAAUGGGAAGGGAUCUCCAUCAGCCCUCAGCCAGACUAAUGUCUCUCAAGACGAAAACACUGAAGACGAGAAUGUGGAGGAGGAGGUCAGCCAGGGACGUUUGGCCAGGAUACUUCGAUGGAUGGAGAAAAAGCAGCCAGAAUGGUGCCGGCAGAGAGAUACAUGGUCCCUCUACCUGUUCCCCCCGGAGUCCAGAUGCCGCAGGCAAUGUGAAAAGAUCAUCAACCAUAAAAUGUUUGACCAUGUUGUGCUGGUCAUCAUUUUUCUCAACUGCAUCACCAUCGCCAUGGAGAGGCCUGGCAUCAGUCCUGACAGUGCGGAGCGGAUCUUCCUGAUGUGGUCUGACUACAUCUUUACAGCGAUAUUUGUGGCAGAGAUGACCGUAAAGGAGCCAGAUGAGGUGGCUCGGGCAUUUGUUCCGGAUGCUUCCUGGUCCCCUCCCUCAGGAGGUGUUCCAGCCAUGUCCCAUUGGGAGGAGGCCUGGUGGAAGGCCAAGGACACUGGAGGGAUUAUGUCUCUGUGCUGGCCUGGUGUCGCUUUUGGAUUCCCUGAGAGCAGCUGGAGGACGUGUGUGUGGAUCGGGAAGUCUGUGCAUCUUGGCUUAGACUGCUGCCUCCGCGACCCGGCCACGGAUUAA